AUGUCUGAACCAUCUCAAGCCUCUGAUCGUUACACCACACCUGAACCCUCCCCGCAAAUCCCCGUCGUAUCCAAAGACAUUACCGUUAACCUCUCAAAGUCAAAAAUGAUGCGUCUCUAUGUACCCACAGCCGCACCAAACGGCGGCGUUUCUCCUAAAAAACUCCCUCUCGUUGUCUAUUACCACUGCGGAGGAUUCACCGCCGGCAGCAUCAAACUCGACCUCGACCACAACUUGUGCAACAUUAUGGCGUGGAAGCUCAAAGCCAUGGUCGCGUCAGCUUCGUACCGGCUAGCUCCCGAGCACAGACUUCCGGCGGCGUACCUCGACGGAGUGGAUGCUGUGGAGUGGAUUAAAUACUCGGACGACGAGUGGAUCAAAUCUUACGCUGAUCUCUCUAACGUGUACCUCAUGGGGACAGGCUCCGGUGGUAACUUGGCUUACAACGCUGGAAUCAGAGCCGCCAAUCUAGCUCCCUUACGUAUCCGUGGACUGUUCUUAAACCAGCCCUUAUUCGGAAGCGAAGAGCGUUGCGAGUCUGAAGUCAAUGCGGAUCCUCCAAGUAUACUCAACAGCGUAGACGCCCACUGGAAGCUUUGUCUUCCUGUCGGAGCUAACCGGGAUCACGAGUACUCGAAUCCGACGGUGGGAGAUGGACCGGACAUAAUGGAGGUGAUGGGACAGAGGGGAUGGAAGGUGGUGGUGAGUGGAGUAGAAGGAGAUCCGUUGGUAGAUAGGCACAGAAAUGUGGCGAAGUUGAUGAAGGAGAAGGGAGUUGAUGUGGUGGAGCAUUUUACUGACGGCGAUGUUCCUAACCUCAUUGAUCUGUUUGCUUCCAUCCGCAAUGUCAUUCACUCUUCUGCACCGUAA